GUUCAAUGAGACGCAGAUUGAACGUGUUCACAUCUCCACUAGUAGGUGGCAGAACCAUAGAUUUGAUUAUAUUUAACUGUGUUCGUGUUAUUUAUCUGUUAUUAUCUAUUUAAUGCUGUCUAUUUCAUGUGAUUUUAGGGUUCAUUGCGUUGAUUCUUCUUUUUGAAAAUCUACCUACUUCCUGUUUAUCGGCUACGUUUUGUAUUUUCGUUUUUAUAGGCAAACCACAAAAGGGAUUCACGGAGUAAAAAGUUGUCAGUCCGUCUCGUUUAUUGGUUCUGAACGAAGAACGAGAAAACGACUGCCCACUUGCGUUUUACCGCUUUUGAUUUUUUGGUUUUUACGGUAAACGGGACUAUCGAAAGGCGAAGCCACACCUUGAGAGUAAGUAAAAGUAACUGCCUCAGUCUGAGCAGAAGAAAAAUGGAUUACAGUCAGGAGACGAUCGACUGCUGCAUUUGUUUACAGACAAUGGUUGAUCCUGUGACGACGUCUUGUGGACACAGUUACUGUUCACAAUGCAUCAAUGCCUUCUGGGAUGAAAAUAAUAACAACGUCAGGAGUUACUUCUGCCCUCAGUGCAGGCAUACUUUCUCAUCCAGGCCCUUCCUGACGAAGAAUACACUCCUGGCUUCCCUCCUGGAGGAGCGAGCACGGACAAAUCAUGCUGCUGCUGCUGCUUACACCUACGCUGCACCUGGUGACGUGCCAUGUGAUGCCUGCACAGGAAGAAAAAGAAAAGCUUGGAUGUUCUGUCCCGGGUGUCAGGCCUCUUACUGUGAGACUCACCUGAAGCCUCACUUUGAGUUGGAACCGUUUAAAAAGCACAAUCUGAUUCAAGCCUCCACGGGGAUCAGAGACAGAAUCUGCGGACGUCAUGGCCGACCUCUGGAGAUUUUCUGCCGCUCGGAUCAGCAGUUUGUAUGCCCACUGUGUGUGGAUGAGCACCAAGGUCAUGACAUGGGGACCGUUGCGGCAGAGACGCGUGAAGUGCAGCAGUUGGACCAAGGUAGGAAGGAAGUUGCGGACAGAGUGCAGGAUUCAAUGAUGGAAAUGGCCGAGCUGAGGAAGGCAGCAGACCGUAUUAGAGAUGCCGCCUGGACGUCGAGUGACGACAUCGAGCGACUGUGUGCCGAACGCAUCCGUAUAUUUGUCCGCUCCGUGGAGAUGAAACGCUCUGCGAUGAGGGCGAAGGUCGGAGAAGCAGAGAAAGCUGGAGUGGACUGGACCCACACUCAUCUCGGCCAGCUGGAGCGUGAAGUGUUUGAGCUGAGGAAGAGGGAGCAAGAACUCCACCGACUUUCACUAACCGAGGACCCCAUCAGGCUUCUGCAGGAUUUCAGAGCACUGGGUGGCCUCCCUGUGUUCACAGACUCCCGUGAAAGACUCAACAUGCUGACAAAGUUUACUGCCGCACAAACAGAUCAAUUGAAGAAUAUGUGCAGCAAAGAAAAAGAAGAUCUAUUCAGUCACUGUGACAAAAAUAUGCUGGCAGAAAGCCCAUGUUUGCCUGAGAAAAUCAUUUCGAGGACACGUCUUUUAAACGGAAAUAAAAACUUCACAGUGGAGGUGGAUCCCAACACAGUGACUGCAUGUCUUCACUUGUCCGAAACAAACAGGGAGAUAUCGUGGAGCGACAGGGACCAGGCUCAUCCGGAUCACCAGGACAGAUUCACCUUCUACCAGCAGGCGCUGGCCGCAGUGGGCCUCGAGGAGAGCCACUACUGGGAGGCGGAGUGGGACGGUGGCAUUGUCGACUUGGCCGUGUCAUACAAAGGCAUCGGAAGGAAAGGUUCGGGCAGCGCCUGCUGUUUCGGCCACAAUGAGAUCUCCUGGAAAUUAAGCUGCUUACCGUUCGGCUGCACGUUCUGGCACAACGGUCUUCACAAAGGCCAGAUUCCUCCGGUUCCCUCCCGCAGAGUGGGCAUACACCUGGAUAAGAAAGCAGGAACACUGAGCUUCUACAGUGUUUUAGACUCUCAAAGUGUAAUACAGCUGCUCAAAAUUAAGACCACAUUCACUGAACCUCUCUAUCCUGGGUUUUCUCUUGAUUUAGGUUCAACACUGAGGAUAUGCUAAUUCUAAGGCGUUUAUAUAAUGGUGGGCACAUGAGCUUCUACCAUUUAUGUUACAGGGACGGAAAAAGCGUAGAUUGAUUAUAAACAUGUUCUAAGUUAUGCUAUAGGACACUUGAAUGCAUCAAAUGGUAAUUAGAACAUGCAGUAUAUCAGAAUCAUCUUCUGUUGUAUUUUUUCAUUUAUUUACAUUAUUACAUGUCAUUUAACUGACGCUUUUAUCCAAAGCGACUUACAUUGCAUUAUAACGCAUGCCUUACAUUUUGCCUGGGGAGCAAUUAUUUCUCUUUAAUGUUCUUAAAAACAUAACCAAAUACCUUUUUCAAUUGUUUUUAAUACUGGUAAAAGUCUAUACAUAUAAGUCAGACACACAAAAAGAAAUUGUGUCAACGUAAGACUGAUGGUUGUGCCAUAUUUCCUCAUUCUGUUCUUCAUGCACUAUAAAGGUGUCAAGGUUUGGGUCUGCUUCUUGUCUUAUUUUGUAGUUUUCAUGUCUCUUGUGUCCCUGGGUGACUUCACUUCCUGCCUUGUCUUGUCUUCCCCUGUGAUUGUCUGCUGUGCCUGAUCGUUUCCACCUGUGUUCAAUCACCUGCACCUCCCUUGUGUAUUUAAGCACUGUGAGUCUCUUGUCUUGUGUGGCGUCAUUACAUGUCAACGUUCAUGUCAAGUAAGUCUAUUUGUGUUUUCAAGUCCAGGUCCCUGUUUUUUGUCUGUUUUGUUUUUGCCUCCUUCUGGUCCUUUUUUUUGGUUGGAGUGAUUUUGAUUUCCAGUUUUUGACUAUUAAAGUCCUUUUACUUUUCAUCAACUCCGUCCUGCCUCCUUGCCCUCGACCCCGCGUCCUGACAAAAGGAAUCAUAUUGCCUGGCUCUGAAAAUCAGAGCACAUUUUCAAUUUGGUCAUGAAGAAAUUGUUUCCCUAUAUCUCAUAACCUGAUUUCUGUUUAAUAUCUCAGCUGUUUUGCAUUGUCAGAAUUCUUUUCCCUAAUUUCCUUUUUUUGCUACUUGUUGGAUGUUAUAAAAGCAAUUAAGUUUUGCUGUUUUAAUCUUUGCUGAUAUUCCUCUGUGCUUUUACUUGACAAAUGAAGAAUUAAGAAAUAAUUAAAUUGAGCUAUAGUUGCUCUAUUUUAACCAAGCCAAACAAAUUACCGUGCUAAUGACAUUCA